CCCUGUGUGCAAACUGCCUGGUGCGGACGUGUUUGACAGUUAUUUAAAAAUGGGGUUUCGAAGAAGAACCAGAGUGACGGUUAAACUCAGAUUUUCUGCCCGCAGGUCAUAGAUUCAGACAUUGUUGUUUUAAAUUUGUUCUUUUUCAACAAAUCUUCCCACCAAGAUGUUCAUUAACGAUCAAAGCGACUGAAUGAACAAGCAGCGAGGAGUGUUAAACAUCGACGUCGCUGCCGGUCGAAAAUCGUCCUUAAUCUCGGCGCCGAACGGACCACAGAUCCUUCGGCUCUACGCGGCUUGGCAGCGGAGUGGAGCAUCCCGACAGUAACCUAUCUGUGAAGCUAGCUGCGGGGCUAAGGCAGGCAGCGGAGUGGAGCAUCCCGACAGUAACCUAUCUGUGAAGCUAGCUGCGGGGCUAAGGCAGGCAGCGGAGUGGAGCAUCCCGACAGUAACCUAUCUGUGAAGCUAGCUGCGGGGCUAAGGCAGGCAGCGGAGUGGAGCAUCCCGACAGUAACCUAUCUGUGAAGCUAGCGGCGGGGCUAAGGCAGGCAGCGGAGUGGAGCAUCCCGACAGUAACCUAUCUGUGAAGCUAGCUGCGGGGCUAAGGCAGGCAGCGGAGUGGAGCAUCCCCACAGUAACCUAUCUGUGAAGCUAGCUGCGGGGCUAAGGCAGGCAGCGGAGUGGAGCAUCCCGACAGUAACCUAUCUGUGAAGCUAGCUGCGGGGCUAAGGCAGGCAGCGGACCCGGGCAGCGGCGCUCCUGGUGCGGGAUGAUGCCAGGCGACGGCACCAUGACGUCCAUCGUUCAGAGAAUCGCUCGACAGGCGCUGCUGACCUUCCGCAGCCCGCCGGGACCCGGCGAGGAGGCCGGGAAGGCGUUCGUGGAGAACCACGGCAAGCUGAAGAGCCUGAUGACGGAGGUGCGGGCGGCGGACCUGAGGCUCGUCCCGCGCAGAGCCGACGACGGCGCGCCGCGUCCGCCGCCGUUCCCGCACGGCGCGCCGCCGGUCACCUACAUGCACAUCUGCGAGACGGAGCGCUUCAGCAUGGGGGUGUUCCUGCUGAAGAGCGGCGCCUCCAUCCCGCUGCACGACCACCCGGGCAUGCACGGCGUGCUCAAGGUGCUCUACGGCACCGUCCGCAUCAGCUGCUUCGACCGGCUGGAGCGGCCCGGCGGCGGCGGCGGCGGCGGCGGCGGCGGGCUGCAGGCGGCGCCGCCUCCCGGUCCGGCGCAGGCGGGGUCGCUGCGGCGCUCCGUGCUGCGCUCCUCCGCGGAGUACACGGAGGAGAGCGGGCCGUGCGUGCUGUCCCCGGACCGGGACAACCUGCACCAGAUCGACGCCGUGGACGGACCCACGGCCUUCAUGGACAUCCUGGCGCCGCCCUACGACCCGGACGACGGCCGCGACUGCCACUACUACAAGGUUCUGGCGGAACCGGAGCCGAACCCCGCGGAGCGCAGGGAGCAGGAGGUCUGGCUGCUCGAGAUCUCCCAGCCCGCUCACUUCUGGUGCGGGGGCGAGCCCUACCCGGGCCCGGAGGUCCACCUGUGACCCGAACCGGGCCCACUGGACCCGAGCCUUCCCGGCAGACUGAGGGGAACCUGUAGGAGCCGCGUCAGUGGGUUCUGACCCGGAAGGAGGGUUCUGCUGCGCAUCGACGGUUCUGCAGAACCCCGGAAACGGUACCGGUCGGGCUGCUGCUCUUUAACCUGUUCAGACCUGAACCAGUUAAUCACUUUACAGCUGAUGGUUCCGAUUAGUCUGGGUCAUGACGUCACACGCCCAGGGACAGCUGAACACUCUGACGUCAUGUGUUUCCUUUAUUCUCCUUAAACCAGACUCCGCACUCGUCUUCCUGCUUCCUGCCACAUGGAGGAAGGACUGCUCCCCCAUCUGGACUCCCGGUUCUGGACCCCCGGUUCUGGACCCCCGGUUCCGGUCUGAGAGCCUGGGGCUGUGAUGGUUGCUGGUUGAAAUCCCCUGCCUGUGGGGUUGUUGCUGUUGUGUGAGCAGAUCUCUGCAGUUAAAGCUGUCAGCGCGGUUCCGAAAUAAUAAAAACGUGAACAUGGA